CAUGGAGUGGGUUGAGAGGCGGAUGGAUGGAGAGUGAUGAUAGUGUGGCCAGGGAGAAGGAGGGGUUGUGGAAGGGGCGGAAGAGGCCCUGGUAUAAGCAGAAGAAGAAGCUGUGGAUACUGAUUGGCGUGUGCACCGUGUUGCUGAUUAUCAUUAUCAUUGUGGCAGCUGUGGUGGUUCCUAAUUCUGGCUCUGGCGAGGAGAAGCGUGACGAGAGUAGCGGCAGCGACCAGAGUCGCCUCUCAGGGGUCCUAGUACCGAAUGGCGCCCCUUCCUGGCUGAACCCCUACGUCUGGCAAGACAUAGCCGACUUUAAUCUCACCUACACGAACGAGACAGUCGGAGAUAUGCCCAUCAUGGGCCUCAACCUAACCUGGGACGACUCGGCGAAAGCAAACGAGCAGGUGCCGGCGCUCAACGAGGCCUGGGGCGACUAUGCCAAGCGGCCAGCGCGGGGCGUCAACGUCGGCGGCUGGCUCUCCCUCGAACCGUUCAUCACGCCGUCACUCUUCAACUACGACCUCCGCAUGGGGAUCGUCGACGAGUACAGUCUCUGCAAGUACCUCGCCUCGCGCUGCGAGAGCGUCCUCGAGAAGCACUACGCGACAUUUGUGACCGAGGACACGUUCCGCCAAAUCCGAGAUGCGGGUCUCGACCACGUCCGCAUCCCUUUCUCGUACUGGGCGGUCCAAACGUACGACGGCGACCCGUAUCUCUUCCGUACGUCGUGGCGCUACCUCCUCCGCGCGAUCGAAUGGUGCCGGCGCUACGGACUCCGCGUCAACCUGGAUCUGCACGGCCUCCCGGGCAGCCAAAACGGGUGGAACCACAGCGGUCGGCUGGGCGCCAUCAACUGGCUCAAUGGCACCGACGGCGGCCUCAACGCGCAGCGGUCGCUCGAGAUCCACGAUCGCCUAUCCAAAUUCUUUGCCCAGCCGCGAUACAAGAACAUUAUCGCCUACUACGGCCUGGCGAACGAGCCCAAGAUGACAUAUCUCCCCGAAGACAAAGUCCUGCAGUGGACCUCUGACGCAUACGCCCUUGUGCGCAAGAACGGCGUGUCCAACGCCGCUGUCGUCUUUGGCGACGGCUUCCGCGGUCUGCACAAGUGGCAGGGCGAGCUCACCGGCCUCGACAAUGCCGCGCUCGACGUGCACCAGUACCUUAUCUUCAACACGGACCUGAUCGUCUUCAACCACUCCGCCAAGGUGCGCCACGCGUGCGAGGGAUGGACUGAGGAGACGUUGGAGAGCAUGGACCGCGCGACGGGGUUCGGCCCGACGCUCGUCGCCGAGUGGUCGCAGGCCGAUACGGAUUGUGCGAAGCAUCUGACGAAUGUCGGUUGGGGGAACAGGUGGACGGGGACGUACAUCACGCCGGACGGCAGCGGCGAUGUUACUACCCCGAGGUGUCCAACGAAGGACAACCGGUGCAGCUGCGACGCGGCGAACGCGCCGGCUGGCCAGUGGAGCGACUCGUACAAGCAGUUCCUGAAGAUGUUUGCUGAGGCGCAGAUGUCGAGCUUUGAGAAAGGGUGGGGGUGGUUUUAUUGGGUUUGGGAUACCGAGGAUGCACCGCAAUGGAGCUACAAAAAGGGGCUGGAGGCGGGAGUGUUACCGGCCAAGGCGUAUGAGAGGAGUUUUGACUGCGACCUGUCACAAAUUCCGAGCUUCUCGGAUUUACCGGAGACAUACUAGAAAGCGGGAGAUCCCCUGGCGACAUACAAAGGGGGGACAUAUUUAACUAUAGAUACUGCUCGGCGUUUCGGAGUUGUGGUUUGCCUGUGUGUUGGGAAGAAGGAUAGCAUCACUUCGAAGGUUGCAUGUAGUUGCAAUGGGCUGGGAACGAACGCAUAUAUCGACCGAGCUCGAGAUGCCGAUUUGGUUGUGGCAAACGAUGAGGUGUUGGACGCAUCAAGCUGUACUAGGCUAGUACUACUAGGAAGCUCUGUGGAUUUUCAUCACCAUCACGAUCAGCGAACCAGGCGGUAAACAUUUCAACAUACUUCAUACCAGUGCCGGAAUACUUGCAGAGCAGUCCUAUGAGAAAAGGAGGAGAUGAUUGUGCUCAAUAGGCAGGUUAGUUUUUCUCAACUGCACUCUUCCGUUUCAAAGAUGUCGAUCGCUUUGCAUUCUGUAUAGAGCCUUUAGCAAUUCCAACGUAA